AUGUCGUAUCAUGCCCCACAGAGUCCUUCGCGACAGCAUGAAAUUAUUCUGUACACAGUUUCACAAGUCUCCAACGCCGUUGGCAGGCCAAGAAUCCUCACCGACUUGCACUUCCUCGACGCCAGGCGCGAGACUUUGGUCCCCUCAGAAGAACGAGCGCAUGCCGAGCAGCUCGUCAGAACCGACGAGUUCCGCAGGUGGACUCAAAGCCGAGGGUCAUCACAGCUCCUCGUCCACGGCCACCUCCCGGCAGGCGCCGCCCGCGGCCGCCCGUCAGGGCUGUCCUACGUCUGCCUGUCACUCGCAAACGUGCUCAUGGAGCAUGCCGACCGUUUUAUCAAUCUGGUAUUCUUCUGCGACAUGGAAACAGUCCACUACGGCUGGCCAAGAAGUGACGGCCGCGAGAUGAUCCGGAGUCUCCUCUACCAGCUCCUGGCGCAGAUGCGUCGCCUCGGCAUUAUCCACAGCUUCGCCUGGACCCCACAGUAUUUCCAGGACAUCAGGAGGGGUGACCUGGAUGCUCUGACCGCCCAGUUCGAACAUCUGAUCUAUAUCACACCGCCCCAUCUCACGAUCUGUUGUGUGGUGGAUGGUACGAACUACCGCGCACUUUCGUGGCUGAAUAUUGCCUGCCUCUUUCCUUGGCUUGUCUCUGCAAGGGAUGCCGUCGCCCCUUCAACAUCAAUAAUUACCCCCAACCGUCGUCCCACCGAGGCGAUGGCCAUCACCGUGACGUCCCUCAGGACUAUAGUGUCCACAGGUGCAUCUGCCACGCAGACCACGACCGUCGCGACGACUCUGACCAUCACCCCGAACCCGCUGACCACCGCCUUCGAGCCGCCGCCCUACUGCACGCAGAGCUACCUGUCCAACUGCCAGACGGACGUCGUGUCCGGGACGUACCCAUGCUUCCAACGGCCAGUCCUGCUACCCGCCCAUCCCGGGCGUCCUGGACAACACCUACCUGUACUCGCCCGGGCUGAGCUGUCCCCGCGGCUGGUCGACGGCGGGACCGUCACCGCGGGGCAGGAGACCAUGGUCGUCAACGGCCUCUCGCAGUGCCCCGCCUCGACGACCGUCUUCAGCCUCGGGCGGGACCCCGUCCAGCUGACCUGGCUCAACGCCGACUCGACUAGCAUGUCCAUCUCGGGGACCCCGGUCUUCACGGUGUCGGCCGAGCGCGUCGCCCUGCUCUACCGGUCAUCCGACGUGGCAGCCGCCGCCGGGGCGUCGUCAGCGGCCACGGGCGGCGCGGACGCGGGCCCGGGACCGUCCGGCUCAGCAUCAUCAGGCUCGGGCUCAUCAGGUCUGUCAGCCGGAGCAGUAGCAGGCAUAGCCAUCGGCGCCGCGGCCGUCGGCGUCCUCCUCGUCUCGGGGCUCUUCUGGCUGUGCCUCCGCCGCCGCAGGAGCGCCCAGGGUCCCGCGGCGGCGUAUUAUAACAGCCAAGGCGGGGACGCUCACCACCCACCCCCGGCACCAGCGCAUGCUCCGUCCCCCGGCCACGCCCCGGCCGGAGCAGCCGUGCACGAGCUCAAAGCCUCGGGGUGUGCGGUCUCCUCGCCCCAGGUGUUGCCCGCCGGCCACGCCGCGCCGAACGCGACGGAGCUGCUGGGCAGCACGCCCUCGGACCACCGCUGGGUAGGCCUGCCACAGGAUGGGGUGGACUCUCGCCGUGGCGGCGGGACACCCGUGCCUGUGCCCGGGGAGGUCUCGGUUUCAAAUGACUACUAUCAGCUGCCAGGGACUUAUGAAAGGGGCCAGGGGCCGCUGGACGAUUCGAGGCAGAACACGCCGAUUAAUCUUGUUGGUCCGGGCGCUGGAGGGAGAGGGUAUCCGCCAGAGAAGACUGGUUGGUGA